AUGCAUCGUCUUUUUGCUGAGCUGGAGCCAUCUUUAAUCGUCACAGAGCAAAACCUGGCAGACCGAGUUCGGUAUAUCUUGCGCUCAAAUAUAUUUGAUGUCGCCGAACUCGAACGGCUACGACGUGAGGCUGUUCCCUCGUCGGAUGAGAAUGCUACGGCUGAGGAUGCGGCGCCACAAAUGGUAGAGCAACCCGCAAACGUGGAUGCCGCCGUGAAUACCCCAGUUGUGGUUGAUUCAAACGAUGAUGGAACAGUCGCCCAGGAACUGGAAUUAGAGCAUAUGAGGAGUAUAUUGGAAGAGGCGAUUGUGGAAACGCGCAGUACGCCUCUCGAAAAUCGACCGCGACUUCCCCGCAUAGCCCUAAGCAAGCGGAAUCGGGCUGUCGUGAGGGCUCUGAACCCAAUGCUGGUUACCUAUUUGGAAGCCAGCCGGGACCUUUGCGAGACGGACUCAAUUCUUUUUGGCGCCGCGCUGGCAGUCUGCCGUAUCAUAGGCGCCAAGGUUUCCACGGCUGGACGCGCUACUGGCCAUAGUAGCGCUAUCCCAGCAUGGAGAAGAAGAAUUGAGGAACGUAUCGCAAAGGCUAGAGCUCUCAUCGGCAGACUGAUAUGCUUCAGAUCAGGCAACAACAGGCCAAGAAUUGUGCGCACCGUCAGGAUGGCGUUUGCUGGGACAAAUGUCAGUUUGUCCCAGCCGGAUAUAACGCAAAAACUGACGGAGCGCAUAGAUGAUCUGAAGCAGAGAAUCGCUGCUUGGGGAAAGCGGAUUCGGCGAUAUACCGAGAGGUCGACACGGUUCAACCAGAAUCGUCUCUUCCAGAGUGAUCAGAAGAGGCUCUAUGAAUCAUUGGAGCGACCAAUGGUAAGUGGAACGGGUCCAGCACCGAAUCAGGCCGACACUGUAGCAUUCUGGCGCGGCCUGUGGUCAGAGCCCGUAAACCACAGCGAGGGCCCUUGGACGGAAGUUGUGGCGAGUCAGUGUGCGGGUAUUACGCCCAUGGACCCCGUCAUCAUAACGCCGGAUGACGUAGCUGAGGCGGUUCGUAGGGCCCCGAACUGGAAAAGUCCGGGGCUUGACGGGCUGCAUCACUACUGGCUGAAGGGGUUCAUGGUGUGUCACUCUGUGCUCGCCCGACAGUUUCAAGAGGCUCUCAACCAGAAGUCGCUCCCAAGCCUCUUCACUACUGGGAUCACUCAUUUAGUUCCUAAAGACCAGGGGUCUUCGCGGGCCCAGCAAUCGGCACCCGCCUCUGGUGGAGUACGCCGCAUGCGUUGGACAACCCAGAUGAACAGCAACGCAUUGCGGGCGUAUUUUGGGGCGAAAGGGGGAGAAACUGGAUGUUUGGCGUAUCGGGCUAGGAUGCAUCGUCUUUUUGCUGAGCUGGAGCCAUCUUUAACCGUCACAGAGCAAAACCUGGCAGACCGAGUUCGGUAUAUCUUGCGCUCAAAUAUAUUUGAUGUCGCCGAACUCGAACGGCUACGACGUGAGGCUGUUCCCUCGUCGGAUGAGAAUGCUACGGCUGAGGAUGCGGCGCCACAAAUGGUAGAGCAACCCGCAAACGUGGAUGCCGCCGUGAAUACCCCAGUUGUGGUUGAUUCAAACGAUGAUGGAACAGUCGCCCAGGAACUGGAAUUAGAGCAUAUGAGGAGUACAUUGGAAGAGGCGAUUGUGGAAACGCGCAGUACGCCUCUCGAAAAUCGACCGCGACUUCCCCGCAUAGCCCUAAGCAAGCGGAAUCGGGCUGUCGUGAGGGCUCUGAACCCAAUGCUGGUGACCUAUUUGGAAGCCAGCCGGGACCUUUGCGAGACGGACUCAAUUCUUUUUGGCGCCGCGCUGGCAGUCUGCCGUAUCAUAGGCGCCAAGGUUUCCACGGCUGGACGCGCUACUGGCCAUAGUAGCGCUAUCCCAGCAUGGAGAAGAAGAAUUGAGGAACGUAUCGCAAAGGCUAGAGCUCUCAUCGGCAGACUGAUAUGCUUCAGAUCAGGCAACAACAGGCCAAGAAUUGUGCGCACCGUCAGGAUGGCGUUUGCUGGGACAAAUGUCAGUUUGUCCCAGCCGGAUAUAACGCAAAAACUGACGGAGCGCAUAGAUGAUCUGAAGCAGAGAAUCGCUGCUUGGGGAAAACGGAUUCGGCGAUAUACCGAGAGGUCGACACGGUUCAACCAGAAUCGUCUCUUCCAGAGUGAUCAGAAGAGGCUCUAUGAAUCAUUGGAGCGACCAAUGGUAAGUGGAACGGGUCCAGCACCGAAUCAGGCCGACACUGUAGCAUUCUGGCGCGGCCUGUGGUCAGAGCCCGUAAACCACAGCGAGGGCCCUUGGACGGAAGUUGUGACGAGUCAGUGUGCGGGUAUUACGCCCAUGGACCCCGUCAUCAUAACGCCGGAUGACGUAGCUGAGGCGGUCCGUAGGGCCCCGAACUGGAAAAGUCCGGGGCUUGACGGGCUGCAUCACUACUGGCUGAAGGGGUUCAUGGUGUGUCACUCUGUGCUUGCCCGACAGUUUCAAGAGGCUCUCAACCAGAAGUCGCUCCCAAGCCUCUUCACUACUGGGAUCACUCAUUUGGUUCCUAAAGACCAGGAUGCAUACAAACUAUCACUUAUCUUGGAAGGCUUCAUUGAUCAUCGCUCGUCAGUCCCAUUGGCUACCCACUACUGUAUACAUAUGGAAGAGCAAUUAGAAAAUGCGUUUGCAUUAGAAAAUAUUAGACGCACCCAAUCAAAGGAAAGGUAUUACCAAAAUAUAAUAAAACUUCUGUAA